CCAUCCUACAGGGUCACACCUGAGAAACAGGAAGUGGGGAUGUCUCCCCAAAGCAGUAGGAGACCAGGUAGCAGCGGCAGGUGUGUGGAGGGAGGUGGGCACACACGCCCCCUCUCUUCGGCUGGUCAGGGGUUUCCAGACCUCAGUCUAGAACAAAGAGGACUCAGGUAGCGAAUGAAAGGAGGUUGCUGUCCUAGCAGAACCAGCUGGCUGUCCUGGCCCUGACGACUCUGGACGUGAUGGUGAGCCAGCGCCAGAGCAUCCACCGACUUCGGGAAGGACUGUCGGGGCCCCUUGCCAGUGCCACCUUGGAUACUGUCACCCGGGCUCAUCUGGACCAUGGGCUGCUGAGUGCCUUGCAGUAUUUCAUCCACUUUGGAUUUUACAAGUUUGGGCUUGAGCUGUGUUUCGUAGCCGCCCUCCACACCGUGGGGCAGCGCAUGGAUUUCUACGCCCUCAUCCAUAUCAUCUGGCUGGUUUAUCUGCUGAAACUUCGGCGGAGAAAAGCCAUCGCUGAGGUCUGGCCCAGAUACUGUGGUUUCCUCGUCUGUCUGAUCAUCUUCCAGUAUUUUCUGUGUCUGGGGCUGCCUCCUGCUCUCUGCAAAGAUUACCCGUGGAGAACCACAAGUACAGAAAUACAUUCAAAUCUCAUUAAGUGGUUAUAUCUCCCCGAUUAUGCCAAGAAGCCAGAUGCCAAUCUGUUAUUCUUUGACUUCCUGCUCCUCCUUGCGGCCUCCCUGCAGUGGCAGGUGUUUGUGGAUGAGAACACAGCAUCCAUGAGGCUGCGGGCGGGCGACAACGUGGAGAUCAGCCGUGAGCUCAGGCCGGCCGACCUUGCCCAACUCAGCCCAGUUCUCAACUUCAUCUUCUGCCGCUCCUAUCUGGACAUGGUCAAGGUGGCUGUUUUUCGCUAUCACUUCUGGUUUGUGCUUUGCCUGGUGUUUCUUGCGGGAACGACACGGAUCCACAUCCUGAGUGCUGGGUACCUGGCGGCCUUUGGAUAUUUCAUGCUGCAAGGGAGCCAUCUCCUCCUGCAGCCGGCAAAGACCAUCCUCCAGCCGUGGGACUGCCUGGUCGCCUACUCGGCGCUGGUGGUUGCUGUGAAGACUUUCCUGUCGGUCGGCGCGUGCGUGUACCUGGAGGCCUUACUCAAAUCACACUGCUGGCUGGUCCACAUUUUUGGCCUAUCCUGCACGGUCCCAGGUUACCAGUUAGCCAUCCCUGAGGACGAAGCCUGUGAACCCCCAGAAAAGGAGGCGGGGAUCCUGUGGGACGCCGUGUGUCUCACCUUCCUGCUCAUCCAGCGACGGAUCUUCCUGAGUUAUUACUACCUUUACGUGGUGGCUGAUCUGGAAGCUGCUCAAGCCUUAGCAUCCAGGGGUGCUGAGCUCUUGGCACUGUCCUUGAGGGAGGCGUUGGAGCACAGUGAGGAAGAUGAGAAAAAAUGCCUAUGGGUCAUCACGAGGCAGAUUGAGAAGAUCAAAGCAAAGCAAAGGAAAGUUGCUGCUUUGCAGAGGGGCAGCAGGAGGCCUGCUUCCCCGGUGGUUAGUGUGAGCUGUUUGCCCCGGGAGGUCGCUGCCACAGGGCCUAGCGUUCCAGAUGAUCUUAGUACGACAGAAAAUGAAGAGGAGAAAAAAUGGUGGCAGCCUUGGACGAAGCAUCCUUCCAUGCUCCAGGACGGCAGCUACACCUUCUUUGAGACUGACAGUGAGGAAGAGGAGCCACAAGAAGAAAGCGAGGCAGAAAUAACAGAUCGUCAGCCAAAGCCCAGAACAGCUUUCCAGCUCGCCUAUAAAGCCUGGACUGACGGUGCCGCGUGUGCUCUCCGGAUGAGGAUGGAGGAUGAAUGGGGGAUGGGAAACCCCGAGUGGGAUGAAGAGGGGCUCCGGUGGCGCCACAGUGGAGGAGGUGAGAGACUGGCAACUCGUGAGACUGAAGCUGAAGCCAGAGCAGAAAGUUCAGAUGAACCUGGAAGCCUGGCCCGGAGGCUCGUCACUGUGGCCCAGUUGUGCAGGGUCCUGGGACAGGUGUUGUUGGACGAUGUCACCGAAGCCCUGCGUGCACUGGGCGGGGACAGUGCCCGGGUGUCCAGGGCCCUGCGGGGGUUGCGCCAUGGCUGGUGGCGAGCUGUCACUCAGCUCCUGCCACCCACCCUCCCUGCUGGUGUGGACCGCUGCGGCGGCUGGUGGGGGGAGGGACGCGGUGCUCUGCCACCUGUGUUCAGAACUCCCGGAGGGGCUUUAGGGCCCCUUGGUGGUCCCAGCUCCAGUCCUGAGAUGCAGACUGGGAAGAAAGCCACCACAGAGGACAUUCUCAGAGGCUGUCAUGCCCGCUUGCGAGAGUCCCUGUGCGCAGCCCCAGCCAGGAGGGAAGAGAGACCAGAGAGGCAUCCAGAAGGCAAAGGGUUACCUGGGUCUUGCCCGGAAGACGCCCGAUCGCCUGGAGAAAUGGAACGGGGCCCGGCCCCAGAGGAUCCUCGCAGAAACACCUGCAGGCUGCCCCCGGAGGAGGAUGAGCUAGAGCAGUCGGACAGGUUUUACCGGAGCCUGCCUCGCCUGGUGAAGCUACCUUUCGCCUUGCACCAGGCUGCCGUGGCCAAGUCUGAGACUCUGUGCUAUCUUGUGAUCAUUCUCAACCACACGCUCUCGGCCUCCAUCCUCUCCAUGGUUCUGCCCAUCCUGUCUUUCCUGUGGGCCAUGCUUUCUGUCCCCAGGCCCUCCAAACGAUUCUGGAUGGCGGCAAUCUAUUACACAGAGGCUACUGUUGUGGUCAAAUACUUUUCGCAGUUUGGACUCUUCCCAUGGACCACAAAGCGCUACGCUGGCAUCAACAGGGAAAAGCCGUUUUCUCUGCCCAACAUCCUCGGGGUUGAGAAGCGAGACGGCUCUGUGUUGGGCGACCUCGUGCAGCUGCUGGCCCUGUUUUUCCAUCGCAAUACCCUGCAGGGCUUGGGGCUGUGGGACCAGCCGCCAUGUGACCAGGCUCAUUGCAAAGGGGAGAGAAAGAGCAGGAGGCAGAGAAGAAAUGCCGGUGGAGAGUCUCCAGGCGGUGGGAACCUCCGGAGACGGGCGGAUCUGGACCUCUCCUCCCAGGAGCUGCCAUUGUCCCCGCCAGCCCCCAACUGGGCCUUCUGGAGGCGUUGGUGGGCCACGGGACACAGAGGGGGUCCCCAAGACCCAGGAUCCAGGAAGACAUGGAGCCUCCUUAGGAAGCAGUCACUCAGACAAAAGCAACUCAACAGAAGCUUAUUGGAGACACUGGAGGAAACUGGGAAGCUGGGUGUUAGGAGGUCCCUCCGGAUCUAUCACUCCAUCCGCCGGUUCUUCUCCAACCUCCGCCAGCCCCCGGCCAGCCCUGUGCGCGACGUGUACACCCUGGCUUUCCUGGUGGAGGUGCUCAACUUGGUCAUCGUCCUUUUUGGCUACUGGGCCUUUGGGAAACACUCAGCCGCCAACCUGGCGGAGUCGCUGUCGGAGGAGACGGUGCCCGGGGCCUUCCUGGCGAUGGUGCUUGUCCAGUUUGGCACGAUGCUCGUGGACCGCGCGCUGUACCUGAGGAAGGCCGUGCUGGGCAAGUGCGCCUUCCAGCUCCUCCUUGUCAUCGGCACUCACCUCUGGCUCUUCUUCAUACUGCCCGGCGUCACCACGAGGCGGUUUAACCUCAACCACGUGGCUCAGACAUGGUACCUGGUGAAGUGCAUCUACUUUGGCCUGUCCGCCUACCAGAUCAGGCAUGGCUACCCAAACUGGAUCCUCGGCAACUGCCUGACCAAAAACUUCAGUCUCGUCAACCUCAUCUUGUUCAAAGGGUUCCGCGUAGUACCUUUCCUCCUAGAGCUAAGGGCUGUCAUAGACUGGAUGUGGACUAACACUUCCCUCAGCCUGUCCAAUUGGACUUGCCUGGAGGACCUGUACGCCAACAUCUUCAUCAUGAAAUGCCACCAGGAGUCUGAGAAGAAAUACCCCCAGCCUCCUGGGCGGCCGCAGAAGAGGGCCGUGAAGUAUGGGCUCGGAGGCAUCGCCACAUUUGCUUUGGUCUUCCUCAUGUGGUUCCCCCUGGUUUUCAUGUCCCUAGUGAAGACAGUGGGCGGCGUGACCAACCAGCCCCUGCAAGUGUCAGUCAAGAUCGCCAUCAACGGUUAUGAGACCCUGUUCUCCAUGAGCGCUCAGCAGCACAACCUGGUCCCUUUCUCGGACGCAGACUACGACCGGCUGACCCAGCAAUACGCUCUCCAUCCCUCUGCCAUGCAGUUUUUAGCGGACUACAGGCCCGAGGACAUCGUUCUUGCCAAGAUCAAAAGUCAUGCCAGCCUGCUGUGGGGCGUCAGCCCCACCGACCGAUCAGCCAUGGUCCAGGAGCUGGCCAACACCACUGCCAUCUGCAUCACCACUUCCUGGGCUGUUCAGAGGAAUGUGUCUCUGGUCAAGAACGUGGAAGCAUCCGGCAAACACAUGGUGUGUUACAGAGACGCGGAGAUACGGGACCAACUGGUGUACACAGUCAGCCUCGUCCGGAAAGAGCCUGUAAUGCUCCCUGGCCUUAUUCCCAAAGCCCUGAGGACCACAGAGGGGACUGAAGUGAAAAUGGCCCACCAGUUAGAAGUUGCCCACCCCCAAAGGCCACGGGACGUGGACCGCCUGGCCUUCUUCCGCAACGCCACCAUCCAGCUGCAGCAGCUGAGGCCGGUGGAGGACCCCGUGGCCAGCCCAGCAGCUGAGUGGUGGAUGGUCCAGGAGUGGCGGCCAGGCUGUGAGCAGAGCCGGGGCUGCAGUCAGGACCUGGAGCUCGUCAUCUUUAAUGACAAAGUCAGCCCCCAGAGCCUGGGCUUCCUGGCAGGAUAUGGCAUUGUCGGGCUCUAUGUGUCGGUGGUGAUGGUUGCAGCCAAGUUCAUCCGAGACCACUUCCUCGGCAUUGCCCGCUCCAUCAUGCAUGACCAGCUACCUGAUGUGGACCGCGUGCUAGGGCUCUGCACAGACAUCUUCCUGGUCCGUGAGCUGGGUGAGCUGCAGCUGGAGCAGGAGCUGUUCGCCAGACUCACCUUCCUAUACCGCUCGCCUGAGACCAUGAUCAAGUGGACGCGCCAGUGCCCACCCACUCCCUGCCUGCCCCCCGCCAACCCUGUUGCUGCGGCUCCCGUGGAGCGGCUGGAAGCAGCCGUCGUGUCCUCAAGCCCUUUGGCCUCAGAGAAGUAGGGUCUUUGCCGUAGCCUUGCGUCCCCCCAGUGCCAGG